AUCGCGAUUAUAGAAUUACGAUUACAGACGGAAAUUUAUGGGUGUCGACCUUUGAUCCGUGUACGCUGAGCGAUGACCCGCACGUAUUCUUUUAUCAACGGUGGCCGUUAAUGAAAAGAUAGCUCAAGAGAUAGAGAGAGAGAGAAACAAUGGACUUGGAAGAUAUAGUGUACCUGGUGCUGCUCUUCGCCUCCAUCGUCUUCGGACUGGUGUACAGGGAGAUCGAAGAUCAGCGCACAAAGAAGCUCGUGGGAACAGUCGUCGGCCUCUUCGUCACGUUCAUGGUCUCAGGCUUUCACAUCGUUCAUUCCUUCAUUACUGUAUUCAUCAAUUCCUUGAUCAUCCUGCACCUGGAUAAAAGGAAAUGUCACCUGAUAAGUUUCGCGUUUUCCUUCCUCUACCUGCUCUUCUUCCGAACGACAGAAUACUUUGGAAUUCCGUAUCCUCCGGAUCACACGAACCUGAUUCAAAUGAUGCUCACGUUGAAGAUGGUCGGGUUGGCGCUGGAACUGAACAACGGCGAGGACGACAUCAAGGAAGAUACGUUAACGAUUGAAGAGAUCUUCCACUAUUCGUUCAAUUACAUCGGCGUCCUGACUGGUCCCUACAUCCGGUACAAGACGUUCAGGGAUUACUUCGAAAAGUCGUCAUUCGCAAAACUGGCCGACUGGAAGCAGAUCACUUUACAGAAGAUCAAAUUCAUACCUCUGUAUGCGAUCCUCUUUCUCGCCGCCUCGUCGACCUGGCCCCUAUCCUACGCGAAAACCGAUGAAUUCUACGAGGAGCGAUCGCUUCUGUACAGAUUCUGGUACAUCUGGCCGAACUUCUUCACCUUCAGGAUGAGGCUGUACAUCGGAUUGGUGCUGUCCGAGUGCGUGUGCACCGUCGCCGGUUUCGGAGCGUAUCCGGAAUUUGCCGAACCGAAACCAGCUCACGGCCCUUCCAAGGAGCUGAAACGACUGGACGAAAUGACCGAGAAGGAGCAGAAGGAAAUUGGCUACAGCUUCGAGACUAUUCACAACGUGAAUCCGUACGGCGCAGAGUUCUGUCCGACGUUCCGCGAAUCGAUGAAGCAUUGGAACAUGUGCAUCCAAUAUUGGUUGGCCGUCAAUGUUUACAAGAGAUUCCCAAGUAAAAGGUACAGAACGUUCGUCACGAUGUUCGUUUCAGCCGUCUGGCAUGGCGUCUACACCGGCUACUACGUCUGCUUGUGCGGAGCCCCGUUCGUCCUCCCCAUCGAGGAUGUCUACGUCAAGCUUGUCCUCAAGGGACGAACCGGCAAAACGCUUUACUGGUGCGAAUGGUUCAUGGUCGUCUUCAAGAUGUUCUUCUUCUCGUACCUAUCCAUUGCCUUCCAUUUGCUCUCCCUCGACUGGGUGAUGCACUACUACAACUCCAUCUAUCACAUCGGGCUGAUCAUCUCGGUGCUCCUUUACGUCGCCGGAAUUGCACUGCUCAAGCUCAGGAAGAGGAGGACGACCUCGCCGACAGCAGCGGUAAGAAGUCCAAAUAAAGACGCCGACGACAACGAACGGAAAACAACGACGAUGACCGACAACGGAAUCAAAACCGAUUAAGCGUUUGCGGCAACCAUUCAUUAUUAUCCUAGUCAAUUAAUGAAUCGACGGAGCCGACACGAAAUCGAAACAACAACAACAAAGAAUAUCAACUCUUUUUUUAAACACACACACACACAUGCCAUAAUUAAGUUAGUUAAAGUUAAGUUAGAUCGCUCAAAUGAAGAAAAACAAAAGAUGCCAAAUAACGUAUACUUUCCAAUUUACAACAUUUACAUUUCAGUAAGAUACUUGAUCGCAUUUUAUAUAUUUAUAGUUGUUAUAUAGUAAUAUUUCCACGUCCGUCCGUUAUCAUCAUCAGCAGUAUCUGUGUUCGUUUCCUUCGUUCCACGUUUCUUCAUUCCGAUUUUUAGUCUUCCCAUCAAUUAUCACACGGAUAAUAACAUUUAUUUAUCAUUCCUGCUGAUAAUCCGAUAAGGAGAUUUCUAAUUUGAAAGUCGUCGAGGACGUGGAAAUCAUGUUGAUGUUGUUCAUUAAACGUUAAUUUUUACAACAAA